UUUUUUAUGAACUUUAUUGGCUGACCUUUGAUAAACGAAUUUAAAUACACUAAGAACAAAAUUAUAGAGGAAAUAUUCGACGAAAUGGCCGAAAAAUUGAAAAAUAUCACCGGUAAUAUAUCGACAACAAUAAGCACGAGGGAACCGGACUCGUCCUUCGCACGCUACCGCGUCGACCAGUUUAAAUCCACUAAAGCAAGACAAGUUCCAUACGAAAAAUUGGACUACAACAUAUACAAAGCAUCUUCGAAUGUCGUAGCCUUCACCACGUCGGAGGAAAGGAUUGUAAAAUGGACAAAAGCAAUUUUUUUGAGAUACCACGUGGGCCUGCAUAUCAACGACAACACAUAUAGCCUCAAAUCCCUGUGGGAAGAACAAACGAGCCCGAACGACGAUUCUAAAUGCGACAAGAUAACAGUACAUCUCUCUCGAAAAGAUAGCAAACACAACGAGAACCUUGUUGCAGUAAUAAUCUACGUCAGUACGGGGAGAAUACAAAUACAAGGUAAAUAUCUUCUUGAGUGGGGCGACAGUGAAUUCAUCGCUUUGCUCAACAUUGUCAACGCAAUUCGAGACGGAGAAAUAUCGGACGAAAUUCAAGAAUCAUCAGUCAACGAUCUUGGCAAGUUCAUCGACCUGAUCUCAACCCCCAAAACACUAGAAAUCCAAGAAAACAUUGAAAUCGAAAAUGACGGCGCAAACGAACCCACAUUCACCGAAAAUGAAGAAACAAAUAUGAACAGUCCAGAGCCGCGAGAGAAAUCCUUUACCGCAGUGAAGAACACGGUUGCAAAUGUAGAGUCCGAAUUCAUAUUAUUCAAACAAGAAAUGUAUAAAUCGUUUGCUGCGGUUCAAGCUACACUGAAAGAAAAAGACCAAAGAAUUGAACUCUUAAAUAAAAGAAUUGCUGCCCUAAAAGCAAUAAAUGACCUUCUUAACAAACAGCAAAAUAUAAAGAAACAAGAAGAGUUUGAGAAUAAACUUAACAAAAUUGAACAACAUCUAUUAGCCAAAUCAAGCCCAUUGCCAGAUCAGAAAGUAGAAUCUGAUGAAGCCCAAGAACAUGCCUCACACCCCAACUCCCCAAAUAAUACAACAACUUUCCAAGAAUCUAAUACCCCUGAGACAAAAAUGUCAGAUGACAAAGUUAUCUUCACACCGAACAUCCCCACCAGCAACACUUUCUCUUCCCUCACGGAUGAACAUGAAGACACUAUUCCCUGCACCAACCCAGAUACUACACCACUUGAACACAAAAACUACAACCCACAAAAGACACCCUCUGCUGAAAAGAAAAUCAUCACAACAGAAACAGUAAUCCUCUGCGAUUCAAAUGGCAAACAUCUUGAUAUGAACCUUCUAUGUCCAGGAGCAACCACAUCCUAUAUCAGAUGUCCCACAACAGCCGAAGCGAUCAAAAUUCUAGAACAGCACACAUUUACAAACCCGAAGAAUAUAAUCAUCCACUGUGGAACAAAUGACAUUGAGCAUAUCCCAAACAAAGCUGUUAGUGACAACAUUGAAGAACUGAUAAAAACCAUCCGCAAAGAAUACCCUAGUUGCCGGAUUAUUAUAUCCAGCCUCUUACCUCGCAGUGAUCAUCUCCUGUCACAAGUCCAAAUAUUAAAUCGACAACUGGAAAGAACAAUAUCUAAACAGUCAAAUGUCUUACUUGUAAGACAUAUCAACCUCUUCCAAUCCAUCAACAUCCUGAUUGAUAGAAAGCAUCUGAACAGAAAAGGUGUUAAACUUUUUGCCAGAAAUUUGAAGGGUGCCUUCUUUUCAAACAAAAGUCAAACCAAAAUUGGAAAAGGAAUUAAGACAGCAAGGCACCAACAUUUCCCAACCCAACAGAUCCCAUACCACACCAAACCACAAUACCAUAAUUCACAACACAGCAUGUUUCAUCCAAGUAUCUCACCUCUUAUGCAAUCAACACAUAUAAACCACGAUGACCUCUCUAUCCAAUCACAACGACACCCAUCAAUAAAUCCAAAUGACUGGAAUACAAAAGCCGCAAGCUCAAAACCCAUGGCCAGCAACCAUAUACCACGUCACUUCAGAGAACUAAUUCAAAUCCUUCAUGGAUUCACUCAAUAG